UCCGAGUGGACGUGUUUGUGGUGAGCUCCGCGGUAAUACAUCGAUUUUUAGUCGCGUUAGUGUGUGUGUGAUACUUGUGUGAGUGAAGUGAUAGUGUUAAAGAAAAUUUGUUAUGAUGGUGUAAAGGGUGCAACGGGGCGGUAAAGGGAUGUAAUCGGUGCCGUGAUUCAGCGACCAUGGCUCUGCUCUUCGGGGCGAUGGGGGUGCUUGCCCUAGCGAGUCGCACGGGUUGUACCGGCAAUGGGGUAGGCACAAAUGGCGUACCCGAAGCAGAUUAUACCGACAUGGAUCUAGGCCUGGCUCACCGCGGACCUCACUUCGACGUUGCUUACUCUAGAAAUGUUACAGCUUUAGUAGGCAAGACUGCGCAGUUAAAUUGCAGGGUCCAUGACCUUGGGAAUAGAACGGUAUCAUGGAUUAGACAUCGUGAUAUCCAUCUCCUUACAUCAGGCAGAAUGACGUAUACCUCAGACCAGAGGUUCAUUAGUGUUCAUAACCCACAUACUGAAGAUUGGAUACUAAAAAUAAGGUUCCCGCAGCGGCGCGACUCCGGCGUGUACGAGUGCCAAGUGGGCACCACGCCGCCCAUCGGACACCGCAUGUACCUCUCCGUUGUUGAGCCGCUGACGACGAUCCUGGGCGGGCCGGAGCUGUUCAUCAACACGGGCAGCACCAUCAACCUCACGUGCGUGGUGCAGCACUCGCCUGAGCCGCCGCCCGCCAUCCGCUGGACACACCACGACGAGGAGAUAAACUACGACUCCCCGCGCGGCGGCGUGUCGGUGAUCACGGAGAAGGGGGAGACGACGACGUCGCACCUGCUGGUGCAGAAGGCGCGCGCGCCCGACUCCGGCCGCUACACCUGCGCGCCCGCCAACGCCAACCCCAGAUCUGUCGUCGUCCACGUGCUCAGCGGAGAACAUCCCGCUGCAAUGCAACAUGGCGGACAACUCCGUCUGCAGUAUCCCGUCUCUGCGGUGCUCCUCAGCGUCUUAGUCACCUUAACUGGCUGCUAGUUACUGUGAAAUCAUCCUCUAGACAAAGUGGACAUUUUUAAAUCAUUAGCUACACAAAUAGAUUGAUUUGAAUUGUGAAGUCCAAAUGUUUCAUUUUGUUUUCCAUAGAUGGCACUGACGGCUGGUUUCUGAAAAUUUAAAUUUAUAGUUGAUCUAUGUUGAAUUUAUAGGCUAGAAUAUUUGAAUAUUUAUUACCUAUCAAAUGAAUAGAAAAAUCACUUAAAAUUGUCCCAAACAGUUAAUUUAUUAUUAUUAAAUUUGACUAUUUCAGAAACCGGGCGUAAGUAACUAAUAUUCGUAGUCUCUAGUUUUUGUAAAAUUUCAAUAUGAUUUUAAUCGAAAAUGUUAUUUGUACAAAAAUGUAAAAAAAUGUACAAAUUGCUCAAUGCUAAGAGAUUUAAAAUAGCAUUGCUUGUAUUUUCAAGUAAUUUCUUAAGUUUACUUAAUAAAUGUUAGUGUUGGUUUGAUUAUGCAAAAUUAAUGUAAUUUGUAAACCACGAAAAUGUAAUAUAGUUAAUUCAUUGAUAUAAAACUAGUUAAGACUUAUUUAAAACAAAGAAUUCAUUUGGGAAACUAAAAAGUAAACCAUAUAUCAAAAAAUAUUGGAACAUUGCAUAAAACGUAUCGGUAAACGUCGGCACAGUAUGUGCUGCUCUUCCAUACAUCUCUAUCAGCCGUCAUAU